ACACAAAAAAUCUACUUGUUUAAUUUUUGUUUUGUGUUAUUUUUGAUCAUAUAGUAUUUUGUUAUUUAUUAAAUGAGCUCAACGUUCAAUGGCCACCACACUCAUCAUCACCAGCCAAAGAGAGAACCAAAUGAAAACGGAAUCUUAUACCCUCCUUCACCGUCACUGUCACCGCCGACGUUAAAAGUCAACAAAGACUCUCACGUUAUUAAAAAACCACCGUCUCCGUCUUCUUCCUCCUCCGCGGCCGCCGCAAAACAUCGUCACCCGGUGAUCAUCUACACACACACUCCCAAAAUCAUACACACGAAUCCUAAAGAUUUCAUGGCUCUUGUCCAAAAAGUCACCGGAAUGUCCCCUUCCGUCGAAGAUCCCGGCGGUAAUACAACGACGGAUCGCGGAGGUAAAUCUAUCAACCAGAGCCAGAGCGUGUCUGAUCUCGCCGUCGACAGAAAAAACAAUCGGAAUCGCGGACAUAACAAUUACCAUAGAAACUAUUCCGGCACCGGAAAGGGUAUAUUUUUUAAUAACGCGAUGAUAAGCGAUGAUAGUGAAUUGUCGUCGGUGAUAACGACCGAUGAGAACGGAGGAGGAGGAGGAGGAGGAGAACACGGACAGGUUAACUCAUCGAUUCCGUAUUCGGCGGUGGCUAUUCCUCCACCGCCUCCUCAUCCUCCUCCUCCGCCACCGCCGCCGUCUAUGUACGACGCGACGGGGUUAAAUUACGGAGCUUACUUACCGACGUUUCCGAUGUUCCCGCCGGCGACGAAUCCAGCUGAUAGUUUCUUAUGCGGUGGUGGUAUAAAUAAUCAAACGUUUGCGAGUAUUGAUGAACAGCUUUACUUGGCGAACAAUAUGAGAAGCUCUUUCUCUUCUUCUUCAUCUUCUGGCUUCGACGGCUUGGCCGAGUUUCGUGAUUUUUGAAAUUAAUCAAUCAUCAUCGGCGUUACAAUUUUGGCUAAUAAAUUUUUGAAUUUUUGUUUCUGGUGGUUUGGCAAGAGACUAAUAAAGAUUUAGUAUUAGUUAUAAUUUUUUUUUUAUCCGUUUAAUUUUUAGUUCACAGGUUUUUUUUUUUUUUUUUCCUCUCUUCAUUUUGUUCAAUUUUCCCAAUUUUAUGUUUCAUCUCUAGGUUUUUUUUGGGUUGAUAAGAUUUUAUAAU